GGUCAAAGUAACAAAGCCCAAAACCCAAAAGGGCUUGAUAUAUAUUGUCUUUUUGUAUUGAAGCCAUAUCUAUUGUGCACUUUACUUUAUUGCUCAGACUUAUCCAAACCUGUAAAGGGUACCCCUUUUACAUCUCAAUAAACCCUAAUUAUCAAGGUCUGAGCAUCCAAGUUUGGUGAUUUGAGCACGGUUGUUAUCUUAUUCUCAGCGAAGUUUCAUGUCUGAUCUCGACCUCCAAGUUCCCGCUGCUUUUGAUCCCUUUGCCGAGGCAAAUGCUGAGAAUUCUGGUGCCGGAACAAAAGAUUAUGUACACAUUCGCAUACAGCAAAGAAAUGGUCGGAAAAGCCUGACAACCGUUCAAGGAUUGAAGAAAGAAUUCAGCUACAAUAAGAUACUCAAGGACCUAAAGAAAGAGUUUUGCUGCAAUGGUACUGUCGUCCAGGAUCCAGAACUAGGCCAGGUUAUUCAACUCCAGGGUGAUCAGCGAAAGAACGUUUCUACAUUUCUUGUCCAGGCUGGAAUCGUGAAAAAAGAACACAUCAAGAUUCACGGUUUCUGAUUUCGCCAUCAUCAACCAUCGCGCAGUUCUUAUAUUUGUCGCCUCAGCGCAGAAGAUGUGAUCCGAGUUCAGUUAUAAUAAAGUUUGCUAGUGCAUUAUUACUUGCAUUGUAGUUAUGUGUGAUGUUAUAUUUUCCAGAACAAUUGUUGUUUGCUUGGAUAGACCUAUGGGCUUUAUAAUCUUUCAGUUGUGUUGCUUA